UGAUUGCCAUGUAGGCUUCCCAACUUAAUUUCAGUGUGACCGUACAUCUGCCGAUUCAAAAUUCAUCCCCUCACAAUCAACCCCACCAAAUCCUCCCCCCCGCCUCUCGCAACCAACGCAAACCCUUCUCCCCCCUCUUGCAAUUGACGGCAGACCCUCACGCCGGCAUUUUCCGGCCCUUGCGAGUUGGGAAUAGGUGGAGAUCGACGAAGGUGCAACUGGGUUUGACGACGACGGAUCCCGCGAGAGGCACACCAGCGCUGGAGACAACGACGGCGAGAAAAUGGAGAUGAGCUGAGCAUUGCUAAUCUUAGAAAACGGCAGUGAUAUGCUUCCCUUUAACAAUAGACAAAAUGCAGUCGGAGGGAAAAUCAUUUCUGAUUGUAGCUGAGCAAAAGAUAUGAGCCAUAGAUGUUUGUUGUGUUUAGGAGAAUUUGGAACACAAAAGAAUUUGGCAAUGAGUUUGCUCUUGGUCGGCGGUGCAAAGAAACGGAAGAGAUGAAAGGGAGGGGCAGCAGGGAGAUGAGUUUCGAAAGGGAGGGGCUGGUAGUGGCCUAGCUCUUUUCUAUUGUGUGUGAUUUAUCUAUUCUUACUUUUAUGUGAUUUUUAACGUGGCAGCUCAUCAAAGGAGGGCUGACACUCUUCAAAAAACAGCCCGAUCGCUUAGAAGCGGGACUGUUUAGGAAAUGGUUUCCUUCGCUUAAAAGUCUUUUUUGCACUAAACUGGUACGAGAAAGUAGAAACAGCCACGUCCAAGAAAGAACAAGUUUCAAUUGCCACGCACCCCAAAAAAAAGUAGAAAUAACAAACCAAAUGUAAGUGCGACUGUCGUGGCUCGAGCAGUCUCAAAAUCUGUGUUGUUGCCCACCUGUUGCUCCCGCACCUCUCUCUCUCUCUCUCUCUCUCGCUGAGUGGAAGCUGAGGUGUAGAAACACGAUCGGAGCUUUGGCUUCAAGUUCCGAUUCUGCAAUGGCGGAGGUUAUCUAUUCGACCCUAUAAGGAAUUGCAUUUCUUUCAUGGUUUAAGUUGAGGAACACAGCAAAUAGGCAAGCUUCUGCUGCAAUGGGAGGGUUUAGUGAUGAUGAAUACGUGUCAGUUGGGGAAGUACCUCUUCCUAGGGCAGAUAACUUCAAGAGAGUUUCAAUGCUGCCCCUUGUCUUCAUCAUAUUCUAUGAGGUUUCUGGGGGACCGUUUGGGGUCGAGGAUGCUGUUGGUGCUGCCGGUCCUCUUCUUGCCCUUCUCGGGUUCUUGGUCUUUCCGUUCAUAUGGAGUAUUCCUGAAGCAUUACUAACUGCGGAGAUGGGUACCAUGUUUCCUGAGAAUGGUGGUUAUGUGGUUUGGGUUUCAGCUGCAUUGGGUCCUUACUGGGGGUUUCAGCAAGGUUGGAUGAAAUGGCUAAGUGGAGUUAUUGAUAAUGCUCUGUACCCGGUUCUAUUCCUUGACUAUUUGAAGUCCGCAAUCCCAGCUUUAGAAGGUGGUUUACCGAGAGUCCUAGCUGUGAUAGCUUUGACCGUUGUUCUCACUUACAUGAACUAUAGGGGUCUAACCAUUGUGGGAUGGGUUGCUGUUCUUUUAGGGAUUUUCUCACUUCUUCCUUUCGUAGUCAUGGGACUUGUGGCAAUUCCAAAGUUGGAGCCUUCCAGAUGGUUUGAGGUAAAUCUACAAGAUGUGGAUUGGAAUUUGUAUUUGAACACUCUGUUUUGGAACCUAAAUUAUUGGGACUCAAUAAGCACGCUUGCUGGCGAGGUGGACAACCCAAAAAGAACUCUUCCAAAGGCUCUGUUUUAUGCUUUGAUAUUGGUAGUUCUUGGGUAUUUCUUCCCUCUUUUAACUGGUACCGGGGCUGUUUCAGUCAACCGUGGGCUGUGGACUGAUGGGUAUUUCUCGGAUAUUGCAAAAAUUAUUGGGGGAGUUUGGUUGAGAUGGUGGGUCCAAGGAGCUGCAGCAAUGUCAAAUAUGGGGAUGUUUGUAGCUGAGAUGAGUAGUGACUCUUUCCAACUUCUAGGAAUGGCAGAACGGGGGAUGCUGCCUGAAUUCUUUGGCAAGAGGUCUCGACAUGGAACUCCUCUUAUAGGGAUUAUAUUCUCAGCUUCUGGUGUGCUUUUGCUAUCCUGGCUGAGCUUCCAAGAGAUUGUAGCUGCAGAGAAUUUCUUGUACUGCUUUGGAAUGAUUUUGGAGUUCAUAGCAUUUGUAUGGUUACGGAUAAAACACCCCAACGCAUCUCGACCUUACAAGAUACCCGUGGGAACAGUUGGAGCCAUUCUUAUGUGCAUUCCUCCAACCAUAUUGAUUUGUGCUGUAUUGGCACUUUCUACACUCAAAGUAUUUCUUAUAAGUAUGGUUGCUGUGGUGAUUGGCCUUGUGAUGCAGCCCUGUCUCAGGUAUGUGGAGAAGAAGAGAUGGAUCAAGUUCUCCAUUAGUUCUGACCUCCAAGAUCUUCAUGCUAAUAAUCAGAACAACAAUGUUUCCUUACUAGAUUAACGCACUCCGAUUUAAAUAUAUGCCAGACAAUUUUCCACUCUGAUGGUUCUGAACUGUCUGGAAGACAAGAAGUUCUUAAACCCCAAUGCUCAAGUUGGCUACAAGAAUGCAAAUGCUGCUUUCUACCAAAUUUACUCAUUUGCCUAGUUUCUGUUCUUAGCUAUAUGUAGUUACUAGCUUUUGAUCAUCAUCUUUGUUUUUUAGACUGGUUAUAGAUGGGAUCAUUCAAAGCUCAGACAUUGGUGAAUGUGUAAGGACAAUGUAAAUUUGGUUUCGGUAAAUUUCUAUGUUGUGCCUUCUCUAAUUAGUUCAUGACUUUCAUUACUGAGAUACUCAUGUAAUGUAAUGAAUGAGGGACUGUGGUUCUGGCAAUA